UAUCUAGUAUUGCUAAUAAUUCAUUUUAAAGGUCUACUGAACACGAAACUGAUUAUUUAGUUAAUAACAUUUAAAUCGCUUACUGCUCGCGUGUGUGGAUGUUACUUCACAUCAGCUGUUAUGAAGAAACUCUCAUUUCCGAUUUCAGUGUUCUUAGUUAUUAUUUAAAAAAAAACAACAACAACUAACCACUGUUCUAUAUUAUAGAUCAGUGCAACUAACCUAGUUUCUGUCUGAUGGUAUUAUCAGGCGUUGGACAGGUAUCAUAGCGUCAUAUCCGAUCAUGAGUGUCCCGUGUUUUGUGAGAACGCUGUCCAGAAGUUUGGCCGGUGGAGCAGGACUGUUCAGACCAGCUGUGUGCUCUUCAUGUAAAGACACAGUCACACGAAAAAAGUUAUCCAGGAGACAGACUGACCAUCUAGAAAGAACUGCUAGCGUUCAUAGACAAAUGGAACUUUUCUCUGCACGUGUUUGUGACAUUAUGAAUGAAUCUGAUUCGGUAAAGAGACUGAGACUGGAGGUGCCACAUCCUGACUUCAGCUUCCGUGCUGGACAGUGGGUGGAUUUCUUCAUCCCAGGUGUGGAUACAGUGGGCGGCUACUCCAUUUGCUCGAGUCCUGGCCUGCUGCAGAGAGAGGGAGUGAUUGAAUUGGCUGUUAAAUACAAACGGCAUCCACCAGCACACUGGAUUCACACUAAAUGCUCUGUGGACUCUCAGGUAGCUGUGAGGGUGGGAGGUAACUUCUACUUUGACCCUCAACCUUCUGACCCCGUGGUGGACCUGUUGCUGAUAGCUGGUGGUGUUGGCAUCAACCCUCUGUACUCCAUCCUGCUGCAUGCAGCUGAUCUGCUUAGACACACUCAUGGUCACACGUGCGCUCCAGGGCACACGCACUUGUGCUACAGUGCAAAGAACACCGAAGAGCUGCUCUUCAAGAACACCAUUAUUGACAUUUGUCAUGAGCGACCAGAUAAAUUAUCCUGCAAUUUCCAUGUUACCCAACAGAGCUCUGACAUAGAGCAGGAACUUCAGCCUUACACCAUAAAUGGAAGGAUAUCAAAAGAGGAACUUAAGCGUCAUGUAGAUCCUGAGCACACAUUGUGUUAUCUUUGUGGCCCUCCUCCUAUGAUAGAGAAAGUGAAUUCAGACCUGCAGAAAGCUGGCCUGUCGGAGGACAGAACUUUUGAGAAAUGGUGGUAGCACUACAACUCAGAUAUUCACAGCGAUGGAUGCAUCUGCAUCAUCAUAGAAACAGAAUCUAAUGGUAAUGGACCAGUAAAGCCUCUGAGAUCAAUUGAAACGCACAACAGACGCUAUGUCUGCAUUCUCCACAUUUAAAGGGAUAGUUCACCUAAAAAUGAAAAUUACCCCAUGAUUUACUAACCCUCAAGCUUUCCUAGGUGUAUAUGACUUCCUUCUUUUCGAUGAAGACAAUCGGAGUUAUAUUUAAAAAUGUCCUGGCUCUGUUUAUAAGCUUUAUAAUGGCAGGCAGUGAAUGGGUGAUAUUCAGUAGUCCAGUAGAAGUCUGAUAAAGUGCAUCCAUCCAUCAUAAAAAAGAUUACUGUUUAUAAAGUUUUAAAUUUGUAUUUUUUUUUUACAUAAAUGCAUCAAUUCGCUUCAGUAGGCCUUUAUUAACCCCGGGGACCACGUGGAGCACUUUUUAUGAUGGAUGGACACAGUUUAUUGGACUAUCGAAUAUCACCACCCAUUCACUGCCAUUAUAAAGCUUGGAAGAGCCAGGACAUUUUUUAAUAUAACGCCAAUUGUAUUUGUCUGAAAGAAUAAAGUUAUAUACACCUACGAUGGUUUGAGGGUGAGUAAAUCAUGGGGUAAUUUUCAUUUUUGGGUGAACUGUGCCUUUAAACAAACAAUUCUCUAGACACUGUCCUAUUUUUUGUUAUACCUCAUUUUAAAGAUAGACUCAACAAAUUGACCAUAACCAGCUCUGUAAUGCACUGCAUUAUAGUUCAUUUGCUGGUUAAUGGCAUAGUGUCCUGCUUCAAGGGCAUCAUGAAAUGAUUGCACCCUCAGAUUGCACUGGGUGUUUCAGAGAUCUGUGUAUAAUGUUGUAAUAUGUUGAUUGCAUUUUAGAACACAUAUUUAUUUAGUAAAAAUGUUGGGGGCGUGGAAAUUAUCAGAGUUGUGCAAAAAUAAUAUAAAACAUUUUUGCUCAUGAAUAUAGUCUUAAUUUGCUAAAAGAUGUUAAACAUGGUCCUUUUAAAGGGAUAUUCCACCUAAAAAUUACAAUUCUCUCAUUUAAUCUCAUGCCAUCCCAAAUGUUUAAAUCUUCUGAUGAAUUCAAACUCAGAUUUUUAGUAAAAUAAUUUAUUAGUCCAUAUAAUACAAGUGGAUGGAACCCUUAGAGUUGAUGCUUCAAAAACCACACCAAGUGACCAUGACAGUGCUCAUAUGACCCCAGCGGAUGAAUCAAUGUCUUCUGAAGCAAAACGAUGGGUGUGUGUGUGAGAAAAAUACUAAUAUUUUACCUUUUUAAACUAAACCAUAGUUUCUGGCUAACUGAUGGUUUCAUGGACCCACAAAGAUUGUUUUUAAAAAUCUGUUUGUGUUCCACAGAAGGAGAGUCAUAUACAUAUAGGAUGGCAUGAGGGUGAAAAAAUUAGAAUUUUUAUUUUGAGGUGGAGUAUCAUAGUGUCAUAUAUUGCGCCUUUUAAUCUCAAGUCAUGCGAAAACUAUUUUUAGCCUGGUCUAGCCAAGUGAUUGACUUUUUUUUUAACUGUAAGGCAGGACUACAGCUGCUAUUGUGGACUUUAUUUAGCAUAAUUUCCAAUCAAAAUUAAACUCAUAAACUAUAAUAAUUAUCUCCAAUUUCACAGGAAAGAUGUUUUUUAAAAACUGGAUUGAUGAACAAGAUCUUUACCCCUAAUACUGCUGAAAUGUUUCGAUAUCUUUGUAAAGUCACAAAAAACGACACUGAAAACGGAAGAAAACUGUGAGCUGUUUCUUCAAAUGAUGCUCUUUUAAUUUGCAUCAGAAGCCCAUUAUUGAGAGCUUUUAUUUACACCAUUAACUGUCUCACAGACGUUCACUUACUGUUACUUUACAAAUUCAGACAUUAGUUACUGCCAUCCUCACUGAUAUAAAUAAAUGAAAUAACUGAUGCAAUACUUACUGAUGAAAUAAAUGAACAUCUUGUGGAUUUUAUGCAUUUGAGCUAGUGCACAAUAUAUUGCAUACACUAAUACUGUAUGUAAAGCGAGUUGUUACACAGAUAUUGAGAGCCCCUCAAACAAAUGUUUUCACAUAUUUGUUAGAAUCUCUUGCCAUUGCCGAUGUAUAUGCCCAGGCACAGGCCUGACGAGAGUGUGUUCUGCCUGAAUAAACAAGAACAAAUUGUAAUGGUUAAAUAUCCAUAAAUGAAUACUGUCAGCACACUCCAGAGAAUAAAGCUCUCUCUGUUACGACCA